CGUAUACAUACCAAUAAAUGAAUGUAGGAGUAUGUGUACCAAUGUUCCAAAGAUCCCGGAAGUAAAUAGACAGUAGAAGUACAGGAUGUCAGCCCCCGUGGCAACAUCAGACUUUCCGGCCGAUGUAAAACCCUUAUAGUUACUAGUUUAACAUGUGUCACUUGAUUUCAGCGAUUCGUCAUUACAUAUCAGGAAUUAUCUGACUAUGAGAUGUUCUAAUUGACGGUAAACGUUCCCCACGGUUAUCAUACACGCUAUCACGUAAGACAGUGAGUGGCUAUUAGAUGUUCCUGGGGAGUCUGCUGAUUAAGUCGAUGUGACCACUGAGAAAAGGAUUUGUUUUCUAAUUUGAUAACACUGUAGUAACAGAAGGAAUCAGAGAACAACAAGUAACAUGUCCUGCUGUUACCCAAUCACCAACUUGUUCAAGAAAGACAAGAAAACUACAGAACAAGAUAAAACGUCACCAGCGUCUUCUGGACAGGAGCAGUACAAAGUUACUAAGCAACACAAUUACGACGAAGUCGACCUUGACCAAGCUUCGACGGAACCAAACUGGGAAGUGGAGAAGAAGCCGAGGAACUACGAUGAAAUCGAAAUAGGAGCUAACCAAUCGGAACAAAGGUCAAGAAAGCAAGGAGUAGGGCCGCUAAACUACAUUGAAGUGGAAUUUACAGACAAGACACCAACGAAGCCGAAAAUGUCAGUGUCUGAGAAAGAGGCGUCUAAAGUGACGUACAGCGAGGUGACAGUAGACGCACAGAUAUAUGAAAAUCAAUGAUGGUUCAAUACAGGACAUAUAUAUUCUAUACUUCUAAUUAUUUAAGAUUAUUUUAAUGGAUUUGAGAAGGAGUUCCUGCACAGUUUAUAUCGUUAUAAACACUUGUACUAAACUUAGUACAAGUAAAAUCUAAGGUUUGGUGAUAUUUUUUUGAACUCAUAUUUGAUAAUGAUAUUGAAAUACUAAUAUGUGUUUAAAUAAUAAACAUGUACUGUUCAGCCCAAUUAAGCAAGAACUCUGCAGUUCUAGCUUUGUCCCAGAACGCUGGAGUAUUAGGACAUGAUAAAUAGAAUCUUACAUUCGUGUCCAUAUCAUUUUGAAUUUUUCAAACUCGUUCAAUAAUUGUAUACGACACCCACAUAAAGGCUCGUGUUAUAUAAAAUCAUCAAACUCGUUCAAUAAUUGUAUACGACACCCACAUCAAGGCUCGUGUUAUAUAAAAUCAUCGAACUCGUUCAAUAAUUGUAUACGACACCCACAUCAAGGCUCGUGUUAUAUAAAAUCAUCGAACUCGUUCAAUAAUUGUAUACGACACCCACAUCAAGGCUCGUGUUAUAUAAAAUCAUCGAACUCGUUCAAUAAUUGUAUACGACACCCACAUCAAGGCUCGUGUUAUAUAAAAUCAUCGAACUCGUUCAAUAAUUGUAUACGACACCCACAUCAAGGCUCGUGUUAUAUAAAAUCAUCGAACUCGUUCAAUAAUUGUAUACGACACCCACAUCAAGGCUCGUGUUAUAUAAAAUCAUCGAACUCGUUCAAUAAUUGUAUACGACACCCACAUCAAGGCUCGUGUUAUAUAAAAUCAUCGAACUCGUUCAAUAAUUGUAUACGACACCCACAUCAAGGCUCGUGUUAUAUAAAAUCAUCGAACUCGUUCAAUAAUUGUAUACGACACCCACAUCAAGGCUCGUGUUAUAUAAAAUCAUCGAACUCGUUCAAUAAUUGUAUAUGACACCCACAUCAAGGCUCGUGUUAUAUAAAAUCAUCAAACUCGUUCAAUAAUUGUAUACGACACCCACAUAAAGGCUCGUGUUAUAUAAAAUCAUCGAACUCGUUUAAAAAUCCAACAUGAAAUGGACACUAAUGUAAGAUCCUUUAUGUAUGUCAUACUCCAAACACAAUUUUAGAAACGACGGUUUUAGGAUUACUGAAAGAUUAGAGAAUUUCGAGACAUAAACACUUUUAGGAGAUUAGAAUGUUGUCAAUAUUUUCCUAAUAUGGAUUCUGAGGUAGAAGAGUGAAUGUUUUAGUUAUAUAUUUAUAAAUGUUUAAAAUUUAAAAAAAAAAAUUCCUAUUAGAGUUGAAAUAUUUUAAUUUUAAUUAAUUUAUAAAACUUAAAUCAAACUACUCUUUAUUCGAAUUUUCUGAUAUAAAUAACUGGCAGUAUAAAACAGAUUUAAAAAAAAAUAUAUACUUCAGUGGCGGAAUAUUUCCUUUAACGGUGAAGUUAUACCCAACACACUAAGUAAUAUGCAGCUUACAGAGGCUUGUAUCAUGUCCGAGUUUUUUAAAACUUUGGGAGCAGAAAGCAAAAGAGAUAUGAAAUCUAGACAUGUCACAUGUGCCAUAUUAGCUGCAAAACAACCUAUAUACCAAUUUGUCAUGCUAAAAUAUGUAUUCAAAGACAGCUACAAUUGGUGAUUUUAAAUCAGUUGUGCGAGAGACGAACACUGAAGGAUGUGCUUUCUGUUAGUGUCUGGAGGUCACGCAGUCAUUGUGAGUUAUCUCCCCUGGAACAAAUAUAGUAAAACUAUAUACACUGUACUAUGAGCUGUGUGCGGUAUCUCAUUAUUUUAUCUUUUGUUCUUGGACAUAAUUCAUUGUAACAACAAUAUGCAGCGUAAAUGUCCUCCAGCGGGAACCCAACUUUAACAGCAAUCUAACGGAACGAAGUACGUGGUUUGUUUGUGGUUAGAGUAAGAUUUUCGCCAAUGUUUGUUCACUUCAAUGACAAAAGUUAGAAGAAAUUCAGACGCAUGAGUUAAGAUAAUAUUAAUAAUAAUAAUGUACAUAGAAUAAGCCACUCUUUAGUGCUUUACAGUACAUAGAUGAAAGGCUCACUACUCAAGUAAUUUAUGGAGGCACGGUAGUGAAGUGGUAGGACGCCGGGCUCGUGACCGAAGGGUUGCGGGUCCGAGUCACGUCAGGGCAUUGCGUUGUAUACUUUCUUCUGCUUGAGUACGUGGUUGGGCAGUGCUAGAAUGUAGAAUGUAAGCUGUGACCGCCGAAAUGGCAGCACCGGCUGUAUGCUCCCCAGGGAGUUGAGAAAGAUAUUGACUGGUUGCAAAGGCCCUAUAACCACGGAUAAUAAUCUCUGAACCGCUUUGAGACGACCUACGAACUAGGUUGUGAUAAAGCGGUAAAUAAGAACCCCGAAUUAUUAUUAUUAUUAUUAUUACAGUAACGUCAUUUCUAUAUAGCUGCAUUCAUGGAAAUUGCUUACGCUUUUUAUCUCAUAAAUACAUGUGUUUUAUCGCUGAUAGAAGAUACAAUAGGGAUGACUAAUCGGUUUAUUUGAAUUUCUAAUUAUUCUGAGUUUGUGGCCAUCGUGUAACGUUGUUUAUUACACAUAGUUAAGAUGUGAUUGAUACCAGGUUCAUCUAAACAAAGAAAAACGUAUGUCAUGGAUUUAUGUGAUAUUAUCUUAUCAAUAUUGUCAAUUGUAAAUAAAAAAUAAAACCUUCGAGUCGAAACAAUGACAAAGAUGUCUGAUCUGAUUUUAGUGAAAAUAGCCGUUUUUAGGUUCCUAUUAUCAAGUGCAACGGUCCUAGCUAUCAGGUAGCUAUAUGGCGGAACCCUGUGCUAUACUGUCUCUGUCGCUAAAGGAUCACUUCGUGUUUGACUGGGAGCUAUCAAUUUAAAUUUUCUUUUUCAAUCAGAAGGAUUGCUCUUGGCUGAUAUACGUUUCAUGUGUUUAAUUUCUUCUGCGAUGUAUUUUGUGAAAGGAAAUAAAAUCGAACCUUGAACAAAUGUGGCUAUACAAAUAUAAAUAAUCACGUGAUAGAAUGUUAAUUUUGUUAUAGAAAAAAAUUGAAUUUAUGUAAAUACUUUUAUGAAUGUACAAAUAGUAUUCGUCACGUUUCAUGUUAUUUGUAUUCACAAAAUUGUAGUAUUUUUAAUUUACGUACUGUAGAUAACUUAUAUUUUCGCGGAGUUUUCAAUUCGCGGAAUUACCUUCUCGGAUUUAAAUUCACGUUUUUUUCAACGUUCACGCCUAAUGUUAUGCAUACUGACUUUUUCUUGUGAAAUUUGUGUUUUCAGUCGAGAAUACCAGUGUUGUUUAUUUCGUUUUGGAUAACUCUGCUGCGUGCCUGGGUCAGGACUUAACCGAUGGCAAGCUAGCUCAGUAGGACAGGGCGAGGGUUCGAACCCGGGUCUGGUAGCGUUGCAUACUCAUUGUUUUUCUUGUUUGCCGGUUAUUUCAUCUUCAUAUGUUUCCUAAAUGUUCUGCAAAGUAAAGUUCUCUUGUCAGAAAUUAUUUAUCGAAGUCAAAGUCAUGCCGGAAUAAAAGACUCCCUGAGCAGCUACAGUCUAUGGCAGUGGUACGGGGAUUUUUACGUGCAAUUACGCGAAAACAAUAACUACGUGAAAUGUAAGUAAUCUACAGUAUUAGACUUGUCAGUAUUAGCGAGUGGACGUUUUCGUAGUGAAGGACUCGCAUGGCUGAGUGAAUGACUUUUUGGACCACAGUAUGAAAGAGCGAGUAAAUCAAUAAAUCGAUUAAACAAUCAA